GCUUCUUUGACCUCAGAAGUACAUCCGGUCUGCGCUCCAGCGUGACGUCCUUGAUUUAAAAUAUUAAAGAAAAUGUUUUUAUCGGGCUGCAGUUCUGGAUUAUAAACUGUGUUCGGUUCGGACGGGUUCUUCAGGAUUACCUGACAUCGUAGGUGGUUAAUUCGGGAUAAUCUGAGCAGAAAUGUCGUCCUUCUGGAGCCUGAGACCAGCGCUGGCCAUGCUGAUGCAAGCAUCCCGGGUCCCCUCCUGGACGGGCCCCCUCCUCUCCAGAACCAUGGCCACUCUCAACCAGAUGCACCGGCAGGGGAAGCCCAAAGUCCCCCCUAAGGCUUUGGGCGCCACCUUCGGCCGGCCGCAGCUCAAAGCCGUCAUCCUGAAGACGAUGAUCCGGAAACCCAAGAAGCCCAACUCGGCCAACAGGAAGUGCGCUCGGGUGCGUCUCUCCAACGGGAAGGAGGCGGUGGUGUUCAUCCCGGGGGAGGGACACAACCUGCAGGAGCACAACGUGGUUCUGGUGCAGGGAGGACGGACCCAGGACCUUCCUGGAGUCAAGCUGACUGUGGUUAGAGGCAAAUAUGACUGUGCUCACGUGGUGAAGAAGAAGCAGUAGCCCAGGCGGUAUUCUGUUUGAUAAAUGAUGUAAUUAUGAAUAAAAAUGAUAAAGUAAUCUUUAUUUUAA